GGGGGCAGGGGAAGUUCACGAUGAAACUAUUAUAGUCUCGAAAUUGGUAAUCGAACGACAAUCUCAUGUCACCACCACACAGGAUUUUAUCGUUGUCAGAAGGGACAAAUGAUUUUAAAAAGCUAAUGUCGCUGGCGUUUCGAGGUUUCGAAUUCAUCUGCACGUAAAUGAGACACCAAUGAAGUAGCCAGUUUUAGUAGCAUCUUUCGUCCUCCCCUUACCCUCUCCAGGUUUUGAUGCUUACUGAGUCAUAAUGUUAUUCAAUAGCGACCUGCUAAGCCGAGCUUUCAUUGUAGGCAGCUACUACCUCCAGCAGACUGAUUACGAACAAAACAAAGAUGUGACGGUGCACAGGAGGAGUUCCUGCUUGGCUGGCCGAAAAGCCAGAAACCGCACUGGCCAUUUUAAACCGGUCCAUAUCGUCAUCUACCAGCCAUCUCAGUAUGCUCUUUAUCGAAUACAUUUCCCCAAAUCUUCUUUCAAAUAUACUAUUGGUUCUCGAAUUAGUACUACCUGGGGCUUGUGCCAUUCAGUCGAUUCAAUGGCGCUUCAUAAUUAUCACCGAGAUCAUGCUCUGAAUGCCGCAAAGGGAAGACGAAAAGAGCCAGUGGUUGCGACGUGGUCAUCUCUUACAAAUGGCCCCAUGGAUUCUCCCAGCAAACCAACACGUAGAACUAGUUUAUCGCAGUCAAUAUUUGCACAGUCCCAAUCAUCAAACAGCCCUCUCCUUACCAAAGACGGUCCUCAUCAUGAGAAACACAGUAGCAAUACUUGGACGUCCUCAAGCGAGCACUCACACCUACUGUUUGGGGAGGAAGGCAAGGAUGAUCGAGAGCACUUUUUUGUCGAAUACAAUCGGCUUGCACAACGGCAUGGACUCCGUCCUCUUAUCCCCGGAGAUUUCUCGAACGCAGCUAAUGGCGCAGUUGACGGCCGCCGAGAUAGUUGGCUUUCCAAGAUGUUGCGACAGGCCGCAGAACAGUCAGCGCAGGUCGAUUCAGAAGCCCACAGGCUCCCCUUGCGAAAUCUAAGUGACACUGCUACAAAUCUUGUACAGAGUCACAAACGAGACGGACUGAAAGAUCGGGAUUUAACAGCUCUGGUUAGACUUUGUGGGAAAAGCCGUCUUUUCUUACCCAAGGAUUAUGCCCCAUUCUCCUUGACACUACCUACUUGUCUUCGGGCACUCGCACAAGCUUUAGUUCAGCAUGCGGACACCAAAGGAAUAUUCCGUGUGCCUGGAUCGGCUCGAGUCGUCAAUGCUUUGUAUGACUACUAUUGCCUUGACGGAAACACCGAUGCCGUAUCAAGUACAACACACUGUCCGACGCUACCAACGCAUAUUAGGUGUAAUACCCAUGAUAUUGCAAGUACUUUCAAGCGGCUAUUGGCAGGUUUACCAGGUGGUAUUUUAGGUUCCCUGUCGCUAUUUGAUGCGCUUGUAUCUAUCUACAGCCAGCUGCAAGGAGACGCAGAACUACACCGGACCAAGGAAAGCAAGCUCCGUGCUCGGCUCAUCGCUCUGGCUAUCGGAACCGUGGAAUCUCGAUACCAGCGAGAACUUAUUUGCGCCGUAUUUGGCCUCCUAUGCCUCGUGGGUAGAAUCGCCGAAAACGCCCCUCGAGAAGACGACAAUGGCCGUCCACUCCCAACUACCGAUCUUAUGGGCUACAAUUCUUUAGGAAUUGUAUUUGGGCCCCUUCUGGUAGGUGAUAUGAUUGAUAAUUACAGCAUGAAGGUAGCCGAUCCCUCAGCUGGGCUAAUUCUAUUGCCUAUUUCACCGCCAAGGUCGAGAAAAGAGCGGCAUAAACACAAACAAAAACACGGACGCAAGCACAGACAUAGGCAUAAGCUCGAAAACAGGCACGAAUCUAUUAUGACGCCGUCUAUGAGUAUAGACAAGAUACGCGUCGCCAAUAGCAUCACUGAAAUGCUCAUUGUUCACUGGCGAGAGGUUGUUCGUCAAAUAGGGAAUACAGGGUCCGUGAAGAAUGGGCGCGGCUCAUCAAGCCUUUUACAACGUCACGAUAGUGCUCGAAAUAGUAUAUCGUCGUCUGUCUCUGAGGACCUUUUGCUCAAGAACCGACCUCAUUUGCGCCAUGAUGGCACAAGAUGUGUUUCACCAACUACGACUAAUCCGACGGUGUCAGGCAUGAAACCUACAGGCACGCCGAGUGAACAAAACAGCGCCUCUGAUCCAUAUACUCCACAUACGAGGCAAGCUAGUAGUAUCUCGAGUUCUGGGUCCAUACAGAAACAACUAACAAAAGCUGCUCCGAAUUCACUAUCUCCAAUGAUAGAAGAAAACCCUGCUCCCACUUUCGAUGUAAUAAAGUCUACUCAUAAUGAUGAGAUGCCCAGGGAACAAGGUGGUGAUGAUGUUACGCAGCUCAAUCAUCCUAUUUCCACACGUACAAAUCCCAGCCAAGUUCAUGACGAUAGCUCCUCAGAGAGUGUUAGCAGACUGGAGAUGAUUGGGAAAUCAGUUGACAGCAUAGAUACUACAACGCUGGCUGCUGUUCCGGGGAUACGACAGUGUGAAACCCCACCGCCAUCUGAUAGAGUGCUAAGCACGCCUUCUAUGGAAUUGCCCACAGUGCAGACAACUACUCGCCAUAGACAGAAUCCGGUGGUUUUGAGUACGGUACCUCCCCAGAAGACACUCCCGAAUGACAGAAGUAAGGGGUUAGAUCCAAUCGCCUCAAAAGACGAUAGUCUAGAAAUUUGCUCAGAGCCAAUAGAGACUGCCGCAAAGACAGUCGUUACAGGGAAAGUGUCUCCUUCAGAGCCAUGUGCAAACAGCGAUCGUGAUGGCGAUCUUAGAAACCAUAGUUUUUCGCUGCUUAACCCAAACUCGAAUCAACACCAGGGAGACAACCGGAUAGAAACUCUGGACUCGGGAUACGCACAUACCAGACGUCUAGACAAAACCAAUCCUAGAGGUGAAGUACUGGGAAACCCAAUAGGCCAAUGGAGAAACCUAAGGGCGUCGACCAAAGAUAGUCCCGAGUCUCUGUUUAAAUCAGCGAAGGCAAGGCGUCUGAAACGUAGCGCUAUCCCGGUAGCAUCCAGUUCGAGCCGGGACACAUCUGUCCUAAAGGGAUCCGAGUCGACACUACCGGAACGGAAGCAACGAUCUAUACAGGAAGGAUAUGGACUCAAAGGCAAGUCGACGCCGUCAAAGCCUGACUUUGAAAGGCACAGUAACCGGGAAGAUGCACCACAAUCUACACAUCCACUUUUGGACACCCACGUCAAACAAUAUGCUUCAAAUAAAUUUCUCGGUAAUGCUUCUCAUAGAGGGGUCUCCCAGCGCUCGACUUCUAAGCCUAUGCCGGGAGCUGUCAAGGCUAUGGCAGCCUUAUUUGACAAUGCCGCAAAAGAAUCGCCAGAUAGCUCCGUUAUUACUCUGAGCGGAAGGACCCUUCAUAACCCACACGAGCCUAGCAACCUCCCUUGUUGUGAUGUCUUGGACGGGUCACCAACGAAGUCUAAACCCUGCAGAGGUGCACUAACACUAACUAAAUCUGCAAUACGCUUGGAUGAGCAUUAUCGCCAAAGACCGAAUCACACCUCGACCCCAGAGAAGGACUCUCCUGUUGCUAAUUAUUGUGUAAGCACUGUUCGAACAGCACCUACUUGGCUGAAAGGAGAGCAUACACCUACAAACACUAUGCGCAGCACAUUGAAGCCCGUGAAGAUGUUCUCUUCGGCCAGAAAUGAGCCACAGAUAUUGCCCACGGCAACAAUUCCUGACCAACCACCCAGGUUGGGAACUAUAGUUCCAUACGACGAAGAACCUCCUAUUGGGCAUUUUGUACGGCCCAAUUCGGCCACAUCUGCUCAAAGUCGAAGCCAAACCGUGAAUCCCGAGGGGCUCACUUCCCCACUCAACAACACAGAGUCGAGACAGACGUCCGCUGGGACCUCUUCGGUUUUACACGCCCAGAUCCGCAGUCUCCAUCGCCAGCUCGCCCUCAAAAACGAGGAAAUACUACAACUGCGGCGCCAAUUAGAGACGCAGGAGCACAUGGACAUCGGCACGCUCUGCGAGCAGCUGCGCUUCGCCAAACGAGAAUGCCAAACGUGGCGCAAGAGGGCCGAGGCCGCGGAGAGGCGCGUCGCCGUCUUCCAGCGGUUCGGUGCCAAGAUACGGGCUGUGCCGGACGGGGCUAUCGAAGAAGAUGAAAAUGACAAUGGAAAUUAUGGCGAGCUGAGGAAUGACGGUUCUUCGUCUUACUCGCCCCGCACCGAAAACCGGAAAUCAUUCAACGACCGGAUACGACGCAGCUUUGCAGAGAAAGCGAGGACUUUGGGAGGAGGCGACGGAGCUGUCUUUGGGGAUUAUGACGGGGCGCCUAGGGAGGUGUGCGCUGGGAGUGAAUAUCAGCUGCGAAGCGGCAGACUGCCGAAGACGGCGAGGCUAUGGGAGGCCGCGUACGAGAUGUUCGAUCCUGGACAUGGCGAUAGCACGUGUAUAACUAGGCGGGAACACUCGGCAUGGUGACGAGUGCCGUGGAGGUGCUUACGUAGACGGAAUGGUAACCCAUACUGUGUGGCGCUCUUGUCUGGUUUGGAAGCCUGGUUUUCACAAAGCAAUAUCUUAAGACGCGCAGAAGGAUAAGGAUCAUUGAGUAUGUUUGUUCCCACGCCCAGACUGUGAGGACUGGGUUAUUGUAGCC